GAAAGCUGGAACUGUGCACUGCAGCGAACUCCCAGGGACAGACAGAGCAGUAGCCCCAGUGCGGAGCUCCGCGGUAGCAGCAGCGACCCUCUCUCUGGGGACAGCGAUGGAGCAGUAGCCCCAGUGCGGAGCUCCGCGGUAGCAGCAGCGACCCUCUCUCUGGGGACAGCGAUGGAGCAGUAGCCCCAGUGCGGAGCUCCGCGGCAGCAGCAGCACGUCGGUGUGUUGCAGCAUCACAGGAGACCUGAAAAGCAGAUGUUAUUGUGGAUAAUUGCCCUGUCAUUGUCCUCUGACAUCGUCCUCCCUCUGGCAUAGUCCCAGCUUCAAUCAAAAUGGAAAGUCAGGAGUCUCUGUACAGCACCCCCAGCUCACAGACAGAAGAGGAGGACUCUUUAAUUUUCACACCUUUGGUUCGAAGUCACUUUCAACAGGCACCUCCUGAUAAGUUCAACACAGUCUAUAUGAUUUUCUUCUUCCUUGGGAUUGGCUCCCUGUUGCCAUGGAAUUUCUUCUGCACAGCAAAGCAGUAUUGGUUGUACAAGCUGAGCAAUGCUACAGACCGCUCUCCCCAGCGAAAUGACCUUGGUAAUUAUUUUGAGAGCUACCUCUCAUUUGCAUCGACUGUACCCUCUGUGCUGUGCCUCAUGGUUAAUUACCUCCUGGUGAACAAGAUCUCUGCAAAGGUCCGCGUGCUCUCUUCCUUGUUUGUCAUGCUCAUUAUAUUUUGCAUCACCACCGUUCUGGUGAAAGUGGACACCUCUUCCUGGACCUAUGGGUUUUUUGGUAUCACCAUGGCCUGUGUAGUCAUCGUUAGCGGAGCUUCCAAUGUAUUUCUGGGCAGUGUUUUUGGAGAGGUUGGAAGGUUUCCCAUGAGGAACUUGCAAGCGUUAAUUUCAGGGCAGGCCAUGGGAGGGACAUUCAGUGCCCUGGCUUCAGUGAUAGAUCUUGCUGCUGCUGGUUCCAUUUUAGACAGUGCACUGGCUUAUUUUCUCACGGCUGACGUUUUCCUCCUCAUCUGUAUUGUGCUAUACCUGACCCUGCCCAGGAUCCCAUAUUCCAGUUACUAUCUGAAGAGUCUGGAUCAGAGAACACAACACACUGGAGGUGAACCGAAUGGUUCAGUCGCUAAUGACACUGACUCAGUCAGAAGUGCUUCCCCUUCAAGCAAUGCUGGCACAAUUCCUCCAUUGAAACCCAUCUUGAAAAAGACUGCAGGCGUGGGCUUCAGUGUAUUUUACACCUUCUUCAUUUCCAUCAUUAUCUUCCCUUCCAUCUCGUCCAGCAUCAAGUCCACUUCCAGAAACUCAGGCAGUGUGUGGACAACUAAGUACUUUGUGCCUCUGACCUGCUUCCUCUUGUACAACCUUGCAGACUGGGCCGGUCGUCAAAUAACCGCUUGGAUCCAGGUCCCUGGGCCAAAAAGCAAAGCUCUUCCCGUCUUGGUGCUUUUACGGACUGCCUUCUUGCCUUUGUUCAUAUUUUGUAAUUAUCAACCACGAGAUCACUUACACAUUGUAUUCUUCGACCGAGACUUUUAUCCUGCUAUCUUCACCUCUGCCCUGGGCCUGACGAACGGAUACUUGGGGACUUUGCCGAUGAUUUAUGGUCCAAAGAUUGUGCCAAAAGAAUUGGCUGAGCCCACUGGCGUGGUGAUGUCUUUCUUCCUGACUCUUGGCCUUGCAGCUGGUUCUGCUUUUUCUGUUCUUGUCGUCCACCUGAUUUAGCGAAAACUGUUUGAGCGUUUGUGGGAUGUUAAACUAAUUGAGAAUUGCAGUGGACCAGAAUUAGACUUUUCACCCUUCAUAUGGGAAAAUACUUGAACUACAUACCGUAAAAUAGAAUCACCAUCUCAACAGGGCAAUGAGCUGACUUGAGUUGUGCAGCGACACAGUUGUUGCUCUUGUUUAAAUGUCUUCCAUUUUGGACAAUAUUGGAUCACUGUUUUUUAAAAAAAAAUUAUAUUCAUUCAUGGGAUUUGCUGGAAAGACUAGCAUUCGUUACCCAUCUGCCCCUUGUGGUUAGCUCAGACUUUUCAGAAGGCAGCUAAUAAUCAACUAUGUUGCUAUGGGUCUAGAGUCGUACGUCAGCCGGACCAGGUAAAGAUGGCAGAUUUCCCUCCCUCGUCGUUACUUGAUUAUCAUCAAGGAGAUUUCCAUUCCCAAAUUUGUAUUGGAUUCACAUUUGGCCAUCUGCCGUGGUAGGAUUUGAACUUGUCACCGGAACAUUUAGGGCCUGAGGUUCUAGAUUAUGGGUUGAAGAGUGUGGUGCUGGAAAAGUGCAGCCGGUCAGGCAGCAUCCAAGGAGGAGGAGGAGAAUCAACAUUUCGAGUGUAGGCCCUACAUCAGAGCUAAUGCUCGAAACUCUCCUGCUCCUCGGAUGCUGCCUGACCAGCUGUGCUUUUCCAGCACCACAUUCUUAGACUCUGAUCUCCAGCAUCUGCAAUGCUCCCUUUCUCCCCCUGUUCUGGAUUGCUAGUCUGGUGACAUUACCACUACAUCACCACCUCCCCACUCCAUUUUGAUGUAGGUUUCCUGAUUGGCCCUAGCUACAUGCAGGAGGUAUUGCAUCCAUCAGGUGCAUGAAAGAUUACGCAGGUUGCUUGAGCGUGCACUCCUUAGCCCUAUCUUGAGGACAUCGGUCUGUUUUGGACAACAUUGCAAUUCCUUAUGAUCCCUUCACUGAGUGGAUUUGGUGCUGAGAGGGACCAGGAGGUGAAGGAUGGUGUCAUGAUGGUGAAGUGCAGUGACAUCCAAUGCAAAACAUUUGGAGUGGAUUUGCUUCCCUGUUGGAGGAAAUCAAGUAGAAUGUUAACCACCCCCCCCAACACACCAAGUGUCUCUCACAUGCAACCCAAAUGUAUUCCUUGGGUUGAUUUUAAAGAAACAAAAAUGUUGGAUUAGAUUUUAAGUCAUUUAUUUUGUACCAUUUUAUAUAUAAAAAAAAGAAUCUGGAGUACCCAGGAGAUGCUCCCAAAAAUGAUCUUCCUGACCAAGUGGCUUCCAUGUUUGAAACAUUUGUAAUUGUUUUUGUUUUAUUGUUCAAUGAAACAAAGAGAAACCAAAAUUGCUGGAGAAACUCAGUGGGCCUGACAGCGUCUGUAAAGAGAGUCAACGUCAAAUUUAGUGACCCUUUUUCAGAACUAGGAGGAGUUAUAAUUCUGAAGGAUGGUCACAGGACUCCAAUUUCUGCUUCUUCUCUCCCCAGAGGCUGACAGACCUGCUGAGUUUCUCCAGCAAUUUCUCUUGUUUGUUUGCAAUCAAACAAUGUUCAGUACUUUUGAGAAUUGUAAGAAAGUGACAUUUUAGUUAGAAGUCCAUUGUAUCUAAUUUCACAUUUCUGCACACAGAAGGUUAUGUAUUGGAUGGCGAUGUCUCAUUGCAACUGGGAUAACGCACCCAUCUUCUGACGAGCCAAACAGAGACUCUCACCAGAAUUCCUACAAAAUGACAUUCUAGCCGGAAAUCUUAUCAACAAACACAGUGGCUUGGAUCCCAUUUACCACUCCUGAGAAAAUGAACAGGAAAUGACAUCACUAUAGGAAAUGAUGUCACUGCAGGAAAUGACAUCACCCAACCUUAGGAAACUCAAACAUAUAAAUAGAAAGCAGGCUACACCACCACCGCUUCAUGAGGAGGUACACUAAUGAUGUUACCUAGUAUUGUGACGAAAUGUCUGAAAAUGAACCUUUCAGCUCAGCGAGCAAACCUACAUCCAGAACCUCAACCUGAGCUACAAAUUUUCUCAAAACUCAUUGGAUGGAGAGUUUAUUUUUUUUAAAGAAACUGAUCAUACCUUUUGAUUAAACAUACAGAUAUACAAUUUGCCAAAUGUAUAACCUCUGAGCAGCCUUGACAAAGACACUAUCAGAUGGAAGAUGAUGCCAAAUAAAAAUAUAAUCUGUGUUUUAACAAUUUCACUGAAA